CUUUUUGGUUGUAGCUAUUGUGUUUAGAGUAACCAUUAGAAUAACGUAGGCUACUUUAAAAUUUACAAAUAAAAACGAAUCAGGCAACUUCAAAGACAGCCUGGUGCUUACCAGGAGCAAAGAAGGCCCUUCAUGGGUCCUGGCGUUGCUUAGAAACGCGUUGUUGUCGUGCAUGUUCACAGUGAAUUUUCUGAAACCAAACCGAGAUUUUUCAUCACAAAUAAGCGAUACUUUCUCGUCUAUAAUCCAGCCAUGAUUGUGAACAAAUUUACGACGAGCCCUAAAUAUAUCCGCCGAAGAUUGUAAAACAAUAUUCUGCCGUAAAUAUGUAUUUAGGGUAGUUAGUUAUAUAGCUUGGGUAACAAGCUAGCUAAUCUGCUAAUUAACGUUAGUCAGAUAGCCAAAGCAAUAACACUGUCGGGUUGUGUUUUGGGAAUGUACCAUUUCAUUUGCGGUUUGUUUUACGAAUUAUUGCUUGAAAAGAUUAACUAAACGAUAUCCAUUGAGUUAGAAAGCGUGUGAUGGAGUAAAGCAGUGCUGUGUGGUCAGCUGUCAUCUAAUCCCGCUGUAUUAAGAGGCUCAGAGUUUAAACUCCUGCUGCUGCUUCUCUAGUCUAGCAAUGGACGCAGGAGGCAUUUCUGAUCUGGACCUGGAGAAAUAUGACGCUGAUGAGCAAGUCAAGAUCAUCUGCCUCGGAGACAGCGCUGUGGGCAAAUCCAAGCUUAUGGAGAGAUUCCUUAUGGAUGGAUAUCGGCCUCAGCAGCUGUCCACCUACGCGUUGACUCUCUACAAAUACAGCACAACCAUCAAUGGACAAACUAUACUGGUUGAUUUCUGGGAUACUGCAGGGCAAGAACGUUUUCGAAGCAUGCACCCAUCUUACUACCAUAAAUCUCAUGCCUGUAUCAUGGUGUUUGAUGUCCAGAGGAAAAUCACAUAUAAGAACCUCCCAAAUUGGUACAAAGAACUCCGAGAGUACCGGCCUGAGAUUCCAUGUCUGGUAGUCGCUAACAAGAUAGAUGCUGACAUGAAGGUGACCCAGAAGAGUUUCAACUUUGCUAAGAAACAAGGUCUUCCCUUCUACUUUGUAUCUGCUGCUGAUGGGACCAAUGUGGUGAAGGUGUUUAAAGAUGCCAUUCAGAUGGCUCUGUCCUACAAGAAGAACUCCAACGACUUUAUGGAUGAAGUUAUGAGGGAGUUAGAGAACUUUGAUUUAGAGAGUAAAGAAGAAACAUCUGAUAAAGAAGAGGAUACUCAAGAGGGAAAACCAGACUCCGCGUGACCACGUCAGAUUCUUCAUCCUCUUCUUUUCUCAUUCUCCGCUGCUUCUGGAGUUGUACUGAUGAGUUCCUUAAAUCAUGGCUGUCCUCUCACUGU